AUGGCUUCAACGGCUUCAUACGCGAAGGCCCAGGGCGUCGAUAUCGUAGCACGCAUCAAUCUAAAACACGAUGCAGAGAAACACAAAUCACUUGCUCACCAGAUCCACGCUUGCGACGAGUGCCGACUUCAGAAACAUCUGAAAGGGUGCACCCCUUUCGACGCGGGCGUAACAUAUACUAUAGAAGUCGGUGUAGGAGCCAAUGACGAGAAAUUCACCCUUCUGAUCGAUACAGGUUCAUCCAAUACUUUCGUUGGUGCAAACAAACAAUACGAGCCGUCGGAGACGGCAGAGGAUACAGGAAACACGGUGAAGGUUUCCUAUGGCUCCGGUUCAUUCACUGGAGAGCAGUACAAUGACCGCGUUUCGCUGGCGUCCAACCUUGUCAUUCCAAAGCAAGGCCUGAGUGUUACAACGAAGGACAAAGCCAAGGGUUUUGAAGACGUUGACGGUAUUUUGGGUAUUGGCCCUGUUGCACUGACUGUUGGAACCGUUUCGGAUGGCAAGGAGGUCCCCACCGUUACAGACAAUCUAUACGAAGAAAAGCUAAUUCCAAACAAUUCGCUCGGUAUCUUCUAUGCCCCGACCAUCGACAGCGCAGGCAAGCUCAAUGGCCAGCUCUGUUUCGGUGGAGAAGACCAUACCAAGGUCACUGGCAAGUUAACAUAUUUCCCCGUUACUUCGACGAGCCCGGCAAGUAACUACUGGGGCAUCGAUCAAUCUAUCUCAUACGGGCCAUCUGGAGCUGACCCGAAGUCUGAGACCGCAGGGAUACUGGACACGGGUACAACACUCCUCUAUCUUGCUAGCGAUGCUUUCGCUGCAUAUAAGGCUGCCACUGGUGCAGAGCUUGACGAUAAAACAGGCUUGCUCAAGCUCACGGAAGCACAGUUCAAGAAGCUCGGUUCACUGUAUUUCACGAUUGGCAAGGAUCCACAAGAGACAUAUGAAUGGAUACCUGACGCGCAGAUCUGGCCACGGUCACUAAACGCCACACUCGGAGGUGACGCAGAUGCCUACUAUCUCGUCGCUGCCGAUAGUGGAUCAGCGAGCGGAACUGGCCUGGAUUUCAUCAACGGUUUCGUGUGGCUACAACGCUUCUACACUAUUUACGAUACAGGGAUCUCACAAAUUGGAAUUGGGCGUACGGCAAACACGGACGUGAAGACUAACUCUGCAGGAGCCGAUAGCAAAAUUGCUUCAAAGAAGAAAUAG